GCAAAUGAAGCUCAGGCUAUCCAGCAACUUCCUAAGGGGAGAAGGCCAUACUCAGAACCUGUUGUUAAACAGAGUAUUGGGGCCAUGAAUAUUGAAUGUCCCAACUGUAAAGCCCUUCACUUCAAAGGAGAGAAAUUGAGCAAUUCCUCUCUUAUUCAUCCCAAAUUUGGCAUAUGUUGUCUGCAGGGUCAGGUACAGCUUGACCCACCCACCAUACCUCCAUUGCCCUUGCAGAGGUUGUUCAAUGGUGUAGAUAAUCGCUCAGCUCACUUCCUGAAAAACAUAAGACGUUAUAAUGCUGCAUUUGCAUUUACCUCAGUGGCAGUUAAUAUUGAUCAAGCUGUUCUGAUGGGAUCUGGGCCAUACUCUUUCAGAAUACAUGGGGAUCUAUACCAUCUCAUGGGUAGUCUCAUGCCUCAGGAUGGUUCAAGGCUUGCAAACAAUCCUGAGAAUAAUAAUAGGGAUCAGGCUGUCAUGGCCUCUGUCAUGUCAGAUAUUCAGGAUGCUCUCAUGCAAGUCAACCCCCUCAUUCCUCUCUAUAAGCAAGCAUAUCAGAUCAUAAGAGAGAAGCCAGCCAAUGAGCAAGUGCAUGUUGAGGCCCACAUUAUCUUAGAGGCAUCUGCAGAUAAAAGGAGAUACAAUCUUCCUACUAUUGAGGAAGUAGCUGCAGUUAUACCUGGCUCUGGAGAUGAGGAUAUUGACAAACACAGAGAUAUUGUCCUGCGUUUACAAGGUGGAGGACUGAAGAGAGUGAGCAACUUGCAUCCUCUAUACCUCCCACUCCACUAUGUCAUGUUAUUCCCAAGAGGGGAUCAAGGAUGGCACAUGAACAUACCAUCUAUACCAGGGCCAGAUAACAGAGUGAGAAGUGCCAAUGUCUCUCAGAGAUGCUACUUUGCAUAUAGGAUUCAUCCC